AUGUCGACGGCCCCUCUCAAAUCAACCGAGGUCGCGAGCGGUGACUCUCUCGCCAAGCAGCUUGCUGACAUUAUCGACAUCGAGGUCAAGGACGCAAAUUCAGUGAAGACCACCUCGGCCGAGGACACGGCAAGCAAGAUUGAUCAGCUCUUCCAGGAUUCGGUCGCCGCCAAUAGCGACGGCGCCGAGGACUUCCUCUACACCCUCUGGGACGUGGUGCUAGAGUCGGCCGUGACCAUCCCCGCAACAGACCAGCGUCUGCAGCAGCUCAUCGACGUCAUCAAAGCGCUUCAGAAGAAGAACACCGCCGAGGUUGAAAUUUGGGGUGCCAAGACUUCGGUAUGGAAGGAUUUGCCUAUGUUGGGCCCUGCACUGAGAGAGGCAUGGAACUUCAAGCCUGAACUCGAUGGCACGGAGGACCACGCAUCACUCCAGAAAUGGAUCUCGCUCAAUUCGUUUGCUGCGCGCAUCCUCGGCCACAAGAUCCAAUCUUCAUUUAACCUAGGGCUAUGGGAGCUGCGCGCCGGCCUGGAGGAAAAGCACCCGUCAGACGCGUCGCGCGACCUCCAUCUUAACACGACCAGUGAGUGGCUUUGGCACGCCGGCAACGAGCUGUACCGUCUGUCUUACAACGGCACCCUGAGCCAGGGAGAUGUGGACAUGACCAAGACGGGCAGCCUGGUCGCGGUGCCGACAAAGGGCCUGUCCAAAGAUCGCUGGACGUUUUGGAAAAAGCGCCUUGGCGAGCUGUCGUCCGAGAUGUCGUGUGCGGCCAAGGAAGAGGGCCUGAAGGAGAGAGUGGAUGGCGUGAUUCAGAAGAUGAGCACGAUCGAAAAGGGCGGAAGAUGA